CAAAUUAAAGAUCCGCCACUGCUCUUAUCGCCCUCUCGUCUCCAGGGAUGCGGUGACAUUAACUGCACUCGCUGCACAUAAAACGACGCGAGAUAGCAGAGGACAGGAUCGCGGUGGAAGCGAGAGAGACUGCGACGAGAGGUGCAGAAUAAUUGGAGAGACGAGCAGGCACACUCUCGAUCCGCACUUUCUACACCUCUCGGCGCAAUGACAGCGUAAUCAUAUGUUUUUUUCGAAAACGUGGGGGUUUCUCUCUUCAACGCGCGGAAAACAAUGAAAGAAACGAGUUGAGGUUCACGCUCCGGAUGGGAUGGAGGUCGACGAGCCGCGCGAAUACGAGCGGAAAGUUGUCACCUUCAGAGACCACGGCAGAUUUAAGUUAACGGCGAGAGAGUACAACGGUAAUUCUCUCAACGUAUAUACAGCGAGGCUGAACGAUCUGCGGGAGGACACGUUGCGUAGAGCGAGACGGAAAUGGAUCGAUUAUCCGUAUGUGGAGGUCUCACGCCUGACCCUGGAGACUCCAGGAAGGUCCUGCAUUUUGGUAGGAGUACUUUACAAGGACCAGAGGCUGAAACCGUCUUUGCUGCGCGACCUCAGCAAGGAGCUGCAGCUGGAAGCUCAGCCGAGCAACAGUUACGCGUCGGCCGAUGACAAAUUGUUUCUGGAGGACGAAACGCUGCGUGUAAGAUUAGCAGGCGGUCACAUGGACGUACAGGAAGUAGUCACGGGGCUUGUCUGCGCGGUGCUCGGCCGUGAAUUGGAGAACGGGACGUUCUGGGUGGAGGAUUGGUGUUUUCCAGGGUACUCCCCGAAGCCUUCCAGCUCGAGCGUCUCGUCGGUGGAAGAUGGGAAGAUUCUGCUAGUGUCCGGAUUAGAUCUGGUUAGUAACACAGACGAGCUUAGCUUGGAUUUACUUUCGGAAUGGCUCACCGGAAUGGCGGGGUGUGCCAGUACUCAGAAAGAAGAAGCAGUGAUUGCUAGAAUUAUUAUCGCUGGAAACGCCAUUCGUGGUUCUGCCAAAGUAUACAGUCAUAAAGGCUAUCACGAGAUCAAGUCGCACGACCAGCUUAAGAUCAAGGAAGAUGUGAUGGCGAUGCAUAAACUUGACGCCUUCCUCAGUAAUAUUCUCCACUGUUGUUGCGUUGUGCUGAUGCCGGGGGAGUUUGAUCCUACUUGCAAUUACAGCAUGCCCCAGCAGCCCUUCCAUCCGUGUACUUUACAGAAAUCGGCCAGGUUUAAGAGCAUGCACGGUGCAACUAAUCCUUGGAUCGCAAGUAUUGGAGGUCGUGUCGUGGCCGGUUCUUGCGGCGGACCGAUCGUGGAUAUCAUGAAAAUCGCUGGAUUAGCCCAGCUGUCCCCGUUGGAAUGGCUGGAACGUACUUUAAUCUGGAGGCAUUACGCUCCAACCGGUCCCGACACGCUUGCGACUUAUCCAUUUUUUAAAAACGAUCCAUUCGUUAUGGACGAAUGGCCGGACAUAUAUUUUGCCGGAAACAUGGACGAAUACGAUACAAAAUUAGUUACAGCCGACGAGGGACAUGCGGUGAGAUUAAUAUGUGUUCCGAAGUUCUCGGAAACCAAAACAGCGGUGCUAGUCAAUUUACAGAACUUGUCGACACAGCCUGUUUCAUUCGGUGAUGGGCUGGCAUAAUAAUUUGUAUUAUAUAAAAAAUAAAGUAAUUGUUUAUUGUAUAUCAUUGCAAUGGAACAUCGUAUAACAUAUUGUCGUAUAAUCUUCACGUAAGGAGCGCAAGAAGAUUAAUAUAAACUUUGAUCAAGUUUUUCAAAUAUAUAAUUAAAUUUAUUUAUCUGAAUAUAUAUUAGAACACAUAUACUUUAUAUAUAGUAAAUAUAUAUUUAUUUAUUACAACUAAGUAGCCCGUUUGUCGUUACAUAUACCUUAAUAACGCAUUACAUAAACUUAUAAUAAUGAAUUAAAGUGUAAAGGAAUAUAAAAAUUUCUUGUAAAGUGAAUUAUAAUGAAUAAUGAGUUUUCAUAAUUUCAUAACUCAUUCGCUAUUUGUUUACAUGUGAAAAUUGGCAAUCUCUUAAAUUUCUUCGCACGUAUGUAAGCACUUACACAUUAAUAUAAUAUUUCUCUGGUA